CUCACUACAACGAUCCACCUCCAUACUCCAUCACGCGCCGUGACAAACCUGCAUAGCGCAACAUCUCCAUGUCGACAAACAGGGAUCUCUCGACAGCCAGCAUGUCUUCAAAGGGCGACGCUGUCCCGUACGGGUCGGGCCAACAAGAGAAAACCUGGCGAGAUGGCGCUGCUGGAAGCCUCGCACACACAAUGUUGCUCGCAACAAGUCCACCCUGACCACCCGUGUCGUCAUCGCCUUCGCCGCUCUUGGAUCCAUGGCCUCUUGCCACGGUGCUUCCAUCGUUUCCACCACCGUCGGACAGUCUGGCUGGAUUGCCGCCUUCGGCCCCACCGCAGACCCCACCGCACCGGAUUACUCGCGCUACUCCGAUGUUACCGCCGCGACCAACGGUCUCUUUGCCGGUGGUGGCGCGGCCGGCUUCCUGCUUUGCAUGGUUCUUUUCGACCUUAUCGGACGCAAACGUUUAAUUCAGCUCGGCGCAUUCGUUGAGAUCAUCGCCGCGGCGUUGCAGGCGGGCUGCGUACCCAACAAUUUGGCCAUGUCGUACGCCGCCCGCUUCCUCUCGGGUCUCAGCAUCGGGAUGCUCGUUACAUCGGUUCCUCUCUUCCAAGCCGGGCUGGCCAAGCCCAUGGGCCGAGGUCUGGAAGUUGGCUUCCACGCAAUGUUCCUUGUCGGUGGCUACUUCCUCUUAGCCUGGAUCGGCUUUGGCUGCUACUUUGGGGUGAGCUUGAACUUCUCUUGGCGCUUCCCGCUCGCCGUGCUGUGCAUCCCGCCUACUGCGCUACUCCUAGUUUCCCCUUGGGUGCCCUUCUCUCCUCGCUGGCUAUUCUCCAAGGGUCGAAUGGAUGAGGCAUGGAUCACGCUCGCCGCCAUCCACGUGCGCGGUGGCGUCGCUAUCGCCGGAGCUACGCCUCCCGCAUCCGAAGCAGAGGCGGUGCAGCGCUUUGCUGACUCGGCCAGUCAAGGACGCUACAACGUUGCGCUGGCCAAUGAGGAGUACCGCCAGAUCACGGAUCAAAUCGCGCAUGAGAAAGAGCGCGAAGCCAGCCACGGCAACAAGUGGCAGCGCGUCCUGUCGGUUCCAUCAUUCCGCAAGCGUCUCCUGACUGGGUUCCUCGUUCAAUUCGGCGGGCAGCCUGGCGGCCCUCUCGUCAUCAACAACUCAUCCUUCGUCAUCUACUCCAAUCUCGGAAUGUCCGGCUGGAAGCCAUUCUUACUCAUUGCCCUCUGGCUGACCACUGCAAUUUUCUGGAACAUUCUCGGGGCCAACAUCAUGGGACGCAUCGGCAGGCGUACUGCAAUGCUUGUCGGAAUCGCUGCAUGCUGCAUCCUCGUUGCUGUCGAAGCCGCCCUCACCGCCGCAUUCGCAUCGACUGACAACAAAGUCAGCAAUGGAUUCGCCAUCUCCAUCAUCUUCUUAUACCUGGCGUUCCAGGGCACGCUCAUCGAUUGCUCGAUGUAUCUGUAUGUCUCGGAGACCUUCCCCAUGCAGAUCCGUGCUAUCGGCAAUGGCUUCUCGCUCUUUGGUCAAUUUGCCGGCACGCGCAUUCUGCUGCAGACUGCAUCCCUUGGCUUCCAAUCCGUGGGGCUGGAAAUACUAUAUGGUCAUCGUCUGCUGCAGCUUCGUCUACUUUUGGAUGAUCUACUUUGUCUUCCCCGAAACCGCGGGUAAGACUCUCGAGGAGAUCGGCGCCGCAUUGGCGAUGAUCCUGGCGAGAUCUCCACCACUGUCAAGACCGACAUCCAAUGCAGCGAGAUUUGAUUUCCAUACUGCGACUUCCCACUUUCCCAACACCACAUCCGCUCGACCCGCCGCCCUCGCUAAUAUUGUCCGAAUUGUGGCAAGCUGAUUCCGAUUUCUCAACCAUCUCUGUCACGGAACAUGUUGUAAUUACACGCUUACUCGCGCACAUUGCAAAAGCUGCAUCAGAC